UAGGUCUGGUGACAAGACAGUGAUGUGAGAAGCCGGUGUGAUGAAAAGAUGCUGGCUCUUAGUCCUGGUGUGGUGCAGAGGUACCAUCGUAAGGUUAGCCUGAGAAGACAUGUCCUUACUCAAGAGGGCCUCAAAGCACAGGGGUUUGAAAAUGACGAGUCAGCAGAAUCGCCCAGCAAAGCGAUUUCAACAGAUCACAAGAAACGAGGGAAGAAGAGUAGAGAGACUGGUCUUGGUGAUAGCCAGCUGAGCGAGACAUGGCCAAAGAUACAAGAGGGUCCGAGGGGGACCUGGGCCCGUCGACUAGACUUCAUCCUCUCCUGUAUUGGAUACUCAGUGGGGUUGGGGAAUGUUUGGAGGUUCCCCUACCUCUGCUACUCAAAUGGAGGGGGUGCCUUCCUCUUCCCCUAUGUUAUCAUGUUGGUGUUUGUAGGCAUACCCCUCUUCUUCUUGGAAAUGGCCUUUGGCCAGUAUGCCAGCCUGGGUCCUAUAACGAUUUGGAAAGCUGUACCACUUUUCAAAGGAAUUGGAUAUGCGAUGGUGUUGUGUGUGUUUGUGAUCUCAGUCUACUACAAUGUCUUGAUAGCCUGGUCAUUGUUUUAUCUGUUCGCCUCCAUGCAAAGUGAACUCCCUUGGAAAGACUGCAAUAAUACUUGGAAUACUCCUGUGCAUGUAGGAAUUGGAUAUGCGAUGGUGUUGUGUGUGUUUGUGAUCUCAGUCUACUACAAUGUCUUGAUAGCCUGGUCAUUGUUUUAUCUGUUCGCCUCCAUGCAAAGUGAACUCCCUUGGAAAGACUGCAAUAAUACUUGGAAUACUCCUGCCUGCCGUGAAAACCAGAUGCAAACAUUCAACUGUUCAUUAUUUAAUGAGACACUUGUUAACUUGACUUGUGUCAACACGACCGCUCCCACCGCCAAUGUUACAGCAUUCAUGGUAGUCAACUCAACACUCGGAUACAAAACUCCCACCGAGGAAUAUUUCCAACGCUACAUGUUAGACGUCUCUGACGGCAUCCACAACCUCGGCACGGUGCGGUGGCAGAUUGCGUGCUGCCUUCUCCUGGCUUGGACUCUUCUCUUCCUCUGCCUUGUCAAAGGAAUCAAAUAUUCGGGAAAGAUUGUUUAUUUCACUGCUCUCUUCCCAUAUGUAUUACUCCUGGUGCUUCUAAUCGGUGCGUGCCUCCUCGACGGAGCGCUCGAUGGUAUCAAAUAUUACGUGAUACCAGACUUCUCAAAACUCCGUGAUGGGAAGGUUUGGAUAGAUGCAGCCGUCCAGGUUGUGUGGUCGCUUGGCCCGUCAGUUGGAGGUCUUAUCACUCUCUCAAGUUACAGUAAAUUCCAUAAUGAUUGUAGGAGGGACAUGAUAAUAGCAGCCACCACUGAUUCUUUAACCAGUUUUUUAUCUGGAUUUGUCAUAUUUGCGAUGCUUGGCGCUAUGGCGCAAGCAUAUGGCAAAGAUGUCGGUGAUGUGGUUGACCAAGAGCUAACUGUCUGUUUCAGAGACACAUUCGUGGUAGCUACUAUCGAUAUUUUCACGAGUAUUUUUGCCGGCUUUGUCAUCUUUUCAAUCUUGGGAGUAAUGGCCUUCAACAACAACACAACUGUCGAUAAGGUUGUUGACAAAGGUAUCGGUCUAGCAUUUGUCGUCUACCCCGAGGCAGUUCUCCAUCUUCCUGUUCCGCCAUUUUGGUCCAUCCUCUUCUUCCUCAUGCUCGUUCUUCUCGGCAUCGAUAGCAUGUUUACAUUCGUCGAAACAAUCAUCACGGCGUUGGUUGACGAGUACCCCCAUGUUCUGCGCCGGCACCGCACUUGGCUGUGUCUGGGCGUGUGUGCGAUGAUGUUCCUGCUUGGCCUACCAAUGACUACAAGGGGAGGUAUCUACCUGCUCCACCUGAUAGACCAGGCUGCCAUCGGCUGGGCCAUCCUCAUCAUCGGGAUCAUCGAGUGUAUCGCUCUGGCGUGGGUCUAUGGGUUCGACAAGAUGGCCAGCGACAUCGAGAUUAUGAUUGCAUUCCGUCCGACAUUUUGGUGGAACAUGAUGUGGAAGUUUGUGACGCCUGGACUCAUCUUUGCAUUCCUACUGUUCAGUUGGAUCACCAACAGUCCAGUGCAAUUUCAUCAUUACACCUACCCAGAGUGGGCCUACAUCCUCACAUAUCUGAUCACCCCAGCUUGCCUCAUCAGUGUCCCCAUCUACAUGGUCUAUAUAGUAGCGCGGACUCCCGGAACUGUGAAAGAGAGGAUUAAGACUGUGAUGAGGCCAAUGUCUGACUGGGGACCCGCCUUGGAUAUCCACCGUGCGUUACUUCUCUACACCAUCCCUGAAUAUAUCAGUGGCGGUGACGAGCCACAGGUCACACCAGAUCCCUGCUCAAGUAAAGAGACGUUAGAUAUGGGUGUCACGACUAAUGGAAGUGUCGCAAGUAUGCUAAAGCCUGAAGAAGAUGACGUGGAUACUGGGAGUGUUGACUGGGAGGAGGAGGAGAACAAAUCGCGGGGAAACUGGGCGAACCAGUAUGAGUUCAUCCUAACCUGCCUGGGAUAUUCAGUGGGACUUGGGAACGUGUGGCGCUUCCCAUAUCUUUGCUACAGAAAUGGCGGUGGUGCGUUUUUCAUUCCCUACUUGAUCAUGAUGGUUGUGAUGGGUAUACCUCUGUACUACCUGGAGUUGGCAAUGGGGCAGUAUGCAAGUGUUGGGCCGACGUUGGUCUGGAGAUGUGUGCCCUGGUUCAAAGGGAUUGGCUAUGGUUUCGUCAUUGUGUCGUUUUACCUCGGGAUCUACUACAACGUUGUAACAGCAUGGUCUCUCUACUACAUGUUUGCGUCAUUCACAGCCAAACUUGGAUGGUCGACCUGCGAUAAUGAAUGGAAUAGUCCAAGUUGUUCGUUGAAUAAGUACUCAAAUCUCACGCUGAAUGCAACGGCUCUGAAUGACACUCUGAAGGUGGGACUCAGCAGCACAAAUCAAUCUUUAACCCUCAAUUUGUUAUCAUUAUACGGAACAGGCUACCCUGGUAGCAAACCUAUCCCAUCCCUGGCCGUGAACAAGUCAAGAAGUCCCAGUGAAGAAUAUUUCUUACGCCAUGUGCUGGAUAUCUCCGAAGGCCUCCACUCGAUGGGCAAUGUUCGAUGGCAUCUAGCUCUGUGUUUACUACUGGCCUGGGUUAUUGUGUUCUUGUGCAUAAUCAGGGGGAUCAAGUCAGCCGGAAAGGCGGCGUAUCUGAUGGCGACAGUCCCCUAUCUCAUCCUCCUCAUCUUCCUCAUCCGGGCCUUGACCCUGGAUGGCCACAAGGAGGGCAUCCAGUUCUAUGUAACACCACAAUGGUCACUGUUGCUGUCUGCCCAGGUGUGGUACGACGCAGCGGUACAGGUUCUUUUCUCACUGUCGACGUGCUAUGGAGGGUUAAUCAUGUUGUCGAGUUAUAAUAGAUUUCAUAAUAACUGUCACAGGGAUGCGAUUCUGAUAUCACUUGGUGACUUUGCCACGAGUGUGUUUGCCAGUUUUGUGAUAUUUGCUACCAUGGGCGUCAUGGCGAAAGAAAUGGGAACAUCGGUUGACAAUGUCAUCUCAUCAGAUGUUGGUCUUGCUUUCAUCGUUUACCCGGAAGCUGUCACCAAACUCCCUGCGCCACCAUUGUGGUCCUUCCUCUUCUUCUUCAUGCUCUUCAUGCUCGGGUUAGACACGCAGUUCGUCACCGUGGAAACACUAACAGUAGCCAUUGUCGAGGAGUUCCCGCAAUUCGUCAAGAAGCGAAUCUAUGUCUCCAUGAUAAUCUGCAUCGGGAUGUAUUUCCUUGGACUGCCAUUGGUUACAGAGGGUGGAAUCUACCUGAUACACUUGUUUGACAACUACAUCAUCUCAUGGCCAGUUUUAUUCCUGGCCCUCUUAGAGACAGGGGCGUUUUCUUGGUUCUAUGGCAUCAACAGAUUGGAAAAGGAUAUAAAGAGUAUGAUUGGUAAAGACCUGAGUUAUUACUGGAAGGCGACAUGGUUGGUCCUGACCCCCUUGAUAGUGACAGCUGUUCUUGUGUUUGCCUUUGUUGAGUACACGCCUGUGAUGUAUGGCCUGUAUAAGUUUCCGUGGUGGGGGUACCUCGUUGCCUGGAUCAUGGUCGGUCUAGCCUUACUGCCAACACCAGUCUUUUUGAUUUACAAACUGUGCGUGGUUGGAGGAUCUCUGAAGCGGCGUCUGCAUAAGUGUAUUCGACCUGAUCCACAUUGGGGUCCAGCACUUGAGAAACAUCGAUAUUUUGCUCAGUUCUUCACACCCACUUUGAAGCGCAGACCCAGUGACACCACUCUUGCCUCAGAGGACAUCUUCUCCACGCCUCAAAGUUCCUGCCGUAUUCUCCCACCUGCUGAUAGUAUUAGAUCGUUAGAGCAACUGCUUGGUGCGGAAGCCUUGCAGAGAGCUGUUGGAUAUGAGCCCAAGAGGCUUGGGGAGCUUAGGCUGGGCAUACAUGCAGGCCUGCUCCAACAUUUGCACAGUGUCGUAGAUGAUGUGAUCAUUCAGAGACGCCCUGUAAGUCCCAGGACCUGCCAGGAGAAAUCGACACAGACAGACAUGCUGUCACCUGUACAGGAAACAGAUCUAGAGGUCGCAUGCGACGUAGAUGACUUGAGUGCAAUCUCUAGCACAGCAAGUGAAACAAGCUCAAAGAGACUAAGCUGUGUAAACAUGAGGGCUAUUCUGGAUGAAAAAGCCGGCUCGGCCGUUGUUCUUGUAGAUCAAGAUUCGGGGCCAGGUUAUCUAGAACCUUCUGUUUCGACGGAAUAUGUGGACACUGGAAUUGACGAUUCGGAAAAGUUGAAUUUGGAUGUAAAUAUUGAUCAUUUAGAAAAUUCAGACGGACAUGGAGGACUUAGUUCAGCAGGUUCUGAUAAUAUGACUGUAGAUAUUCCUACAAACUCUGAAGCGGCAUUAAAUGUGACGGAUGACUUUGUAAUUGAUGCUGAUGAUGAAAUAAUGCGUGAGGAGCGGAUGGUUGAUGAGAUUCAGCCAAGGUCUCGGGUACGCCAUCGCUCAGUUGGCGACCAUUCUUUACAUUCCCAAGGAUCCAGAUCGUCAAUAGGUCAUGCUGAGCUAGACCUUCAGACUCACUUAUAGCAAGGUGUUUUGGGGACCAUCUCAAAAAGUACUGAAACCAAAAAGUUCUUAAAAGAGUUUUUGGGGGAAAAUGGUUGUGAAAGUCAAAGUCCUUAUUUACUUUUCUUUUCUGGUGGGUUUGGGACCUAUGGGAGGUGAAACGUAUUGGAUUUAGUGUCAUGACUAUUCAGUGUGUUUUGAGAAGAUCCCUAGUGAAAAAUUUCUUAACAUCUAUAACCAAACUCUGGUACCAUAAUGGCUUGGAUUAUAUCUGAAAUGUUUACAUAUUUGAUUAUGUCCAUGAUAGUAUGUGUGGGAGUAGGUAUAGAUGGGGAACCUAGAUGUGAAAUCAUUACUAUUCAAUUUCAGAAAAUACAGAUAGGUUUAUUGUGAAAACGGUGACAGUAUCUUCUCAAAGAAUCUAAAACCUGUUGCAGGUGUGCGGGCACAGAAAUAGUGCUCUUGUUUUGCUGGCAUCAUCAGGGAGGGAAUUUUCUCUUGUUAUCUUAAUAGAAUGUUUGUAUGUUUCCAUGUUUUAUGGGAACUUUCUAAUGCUAUCAUGUGUUAUUAAUGCUAACUAUUAGAAUUUGGUUCUGUAUAAAAGUGGAUAAAUAUUUUCCAGUUGGUUCAGACUGAUGUAAUAAAUUUGUGAAAAGAA